GUAUUUGAUGUCUGUGGUCGUGAACCUCUUAUAGAUGUUGCAAUUGCAUUGGAAAAAGCAGCAUUAGAAGAUGAAUAUUUUAUACAACGAAAGCUUUAUCCUAAUGUUGAUUUUUACUCAGGAUUAAUUUAUAAAGCUAUGGGUUUUCCAACUGACAUGUUCCCUGUACUUUUUGCAAUUCCACGAGUUGCAGGAUGGUUAGCCCAUUGGAAAGAAUCAUUAGAAGAUAAAGAUGCUAAAAUUUGGAGACCAAGACAAGUUUAUGUUGGUCCCAGUGUUAGAUCUUAUGUUCCUUUGGAACUUCGAGACAGUGAUAAUAAUAUUUCGGUAGCAAAAGUACUGCAUCCAUUUAGUAAGAGAACAUCGGUUGCCACAUUUGAUGACAAGAUUGAAUCAAAAUUAUAA